GCACAUAACAAAACGAAUAUGUCUCAGCAUUUGGUCGCAGGCCAUCGAUUUAUUUAAUUUUCGUGAUUAUUUCUUUUGUUACGUUCGCAUUAGUAAUUAUACUUUAAUUAUAGUUUUGAUAUUCGCAGUUUUUUGUUCUCGUAACAAUUAAUUUCUCGCGUUACGCUCGCUCGCUUUUGUAGGGCGCAAUUCCCAUUUAAUAUUUUCAGUUAUUCGGGCUACAAUUUUGUGUAAACAAAAAUUGAGAGGACUUUAAUGGCUGUGAGAUGUAAUAUAUUAUCAUCGUUAUUAGCAAUUGUGCGUAACGAGGGUUUCGUGUUUAUGGAUGUUAGUUACGAAUGCAGGGGAGUGGACGCCAUGUUGUUAUUUACUCUUUGAUUUGUAAUCGUCGCGAGACGUGAUAUGGGUUUAUUGUUAUUUUGCAAAGCGUCGGUUAGUGUGUGAGCAUGUUGGAGGAUGUACCCGUCCACGGCAGCCGGAGUGACCCCAAUGGCUCGAAGGCCUCCGCACACCAGAGAAAUCUCAGCUUGGACUUUAGACAUGUGACGGGUGCCAGUGGGCCGCCGGCGGGAUGCGGCCACCAGCGGAACCGCUCGCUGGACUCCGUCCUCCAGCGGAUACCCGAGGACAUGACGCCGACGUCGCCCGAGGGUUGCCCCGGCCGGCUGCCCUGCGAGCCGGCGGCGCCGCGACUCGCGCUGCCGCCCGAGGUGCCCGCCGGCUCCGACGACUCCGGCAUCCACACUCCCCCUGAUGGGCCCGAGGACGAUCGCCCCCCGCCGUCCGCCGCCGCCCGCUCCCGCGAGAGUCUCGACUCCGGCAACCCCGAAGACACUGACAAACCACCCGAUCCGCCCGACACUAAUGAGACAAACGAAACAAAAUCCGAACCGGACCAGACCGCGGACGCGGACACAUCGAAAAACAAAGACUUCCUACUCCGACUGUUCGAAAGCAAACUCUUCGACAUGAGCAUGGCCAUCUCAUACCUCUUCAAUUCGAAAGACCCCGGCGUGCAGGCGUACCUGGCCAAUAAACUUUUCUCGUUCCCGCACGAGGACGUAGACUUUUAUUUGCCGCAAUUGGCGACCAUGUAUAUAGAGAUGAGUGAUGUGGCCGACGUCCUAAAGCCAUAUUUAGUGUUUAGGUGUAAACAAAGUGCGGAGUUUUCUCUGAGGUUGGCCUGGUUAUUGACGGCAUUCGGAGGGGACGCGAAGCGGUCGAAAGCGAUGAAGUUUAGAGAUUCAAUAUUGGCCGAGGAGAUCAGGCCGGCGGCGCGGCGCGGGCACCACCGGUCGCAGUCGGACGCGUCGGCGUUGCGGCUGGCGACGCCGUCGGGGCGCCACCUUGGUGACCUGGCCUCGGGCCGGGCCUUCGAUAGCGGCUGCUUAUGCGGCGAACAGUGCUCCUGUGGAGCGCCGCGAUUAGCACCACAAACACAGUUUCUCAACGCGCUCACGAGCAUCGGUCGAAGGCUGGCCGGCGUGCAAGACAAAGAGCGAAGAAACGGGCGGCUCAGGGCCGAGCUCGCUUCGCUGGACCUCAACCUGCCGGCCAGGGUGUGGCUGCCGCUGCACCAGCGCCCGCACCACGUGCUGAGGAUACCCUCGCAGGCUGCGGCUGUGCUCAACAGCAAGGACAAGGCCCCCUACAUAAUGUACGUGGAAGUCCUAGAAACAGAGGGCCACGAGCCGCUCCCGCCGCGCCUCCUCCCACCAGCGCCGCCCGCACCCCACUCUCCCCCCAUCCGGCACACGAAGAGCGAAGAGAACCUCGUGCCGGAGUGGCCCGCGCUGUCCCUGUACUCUGCGCUGGAUGAUGUCGAUGCUGGAGACUGCUGGAGUCAUGAUGAUGAAGACUUGAGCCAGUACCCGGCGAGAGCGCCACAGCCGGACAGCGUUUCUCAGGAAUCCUGGGAAAGUAAGCUCGCUCGCAUGCGUUCCUCCUCCCCCUACGGCUCCCUGGCGGGCUGGCGGCUACUCGGCUGCAUCGUGAAAGUCGGCGACGAUCUUCGACAAGAAAUGCUCGCCGCACAACUACUGCGAAGACUUCAGGCUGUUUGGGACUUGGAGAGAGUGCCACUAAAGUUGCACCCUUAUGAAAUCCUUUGUCUGGAUAAGGAGUCAGGUCUCAUUCAACCGGUAUUGAAUUCCGUAUCACUGCACCAAAUCAAGAAGCAAUCGGGCAAAUCCCUCCGCGCGUGGUUGGAGCUGGAGCACGGACCCCCCACCAGCGAGGGCUUCAUGCGCGCGCAGAACAACUUCGUGCAGUCCGCGGCUGCAUACGCGUUAACCAGCUACUUGCUACAGCUGAAGGACAGACAUAACGGAAACAUUCUACUGGACAGUGCAGGACACAUUAUCCACAUUGACUUUGGAUUUAUUUUCUCAAUUUCUCCCAAGAAUCUGGGAUUUGAGAGUUCACCUUUUAAGUUGACGCAAGAGUUCGUGGAGGUAAUGGACGGUGAGAACUCGGACAUGUUCGGCUACUUCAAGAUCCUGAUGCUGCGCGGUCUCAUCGCGGCGCGCAAGCACUGCGACCAGAUCAUACACAUCGUCGAGCUUAUGCGCAUGUUAUCGUCGUGGGUGGGCCCUGGGCAGGCGGGCAGCUGGCGUGCCUGCGCAGCAGCGCGGCGGUGCCGGCGCUGCGCGCGCGCUUCCACCCGGCGCGCACCGAGCCGCAGCUGCGGGCGCUCGUGGACCGCCUCGUGCGCGACGCGCUGCACUCGCUCUCCACGCGCCUCUACGACAACUACCAGUACUACACCAACGGGAUACUCUAAUGUCACUGGCGACACCGUCUCCCGGUCUCCCGCGGACUUUACAUAUCUGCCGCUCUAUCGCACGCAUAUUCGAGCGAUAAAGAGGCAGAUAGACGAACGAAGCGGCUCGCGGUUGUGUACGUGUCCCGAGGUGGCGGACGAAUUCGUGUGAGUUCACGUGCCGUAUUCGUUAUCGUGCCACUUUCGGACGUGUCGGCCCGAGUCGCACGACUUUGUUCGAUGCGUGCCACGAAUUUGAAGUAGGGUCGGAAGAAAAUCUUGCCGUGAAAAUAUGAAAGUAGCAGAAUCCCGAGUGAAACUUGUCGACGUAUCUUAAUGGUAUUGGAAAUAAAGUUACAAUUUAAAAGGAACAUCAUCUAAUAAAGAUCGCAUAAAAAAUUUAUUACUAAAUAUUGUAUACAUUAUUUAAAUUCAUUUUAACAUAGCGCCGAUCUUUAACGAAAUUAAACGUAUGAGUAGUAUCUUUGCCUUGUUUACAUUGGAGUAUUAAAAACUUCCAUGAUAACAAGGUAUUCAAAUACAGAGUUCCUUUUAUGCUUGACCACACAGGAGGUCCUUUCAAAUUGUAACACGGCUGUACUCAAUGUAUAUUUUUUGACUCUGACAAAAUAUCUGAGUGAUGUAGAUAGAAUAUUUAUUCCAUUCCAUCGAAUAUCAUAAACUUAUUCACUGAAUUAGUUUUAAAAUGGGUUUAGAUUUUUCUAACGUUUUUCAAACUACUUUGCAGUCAAUAAUAUCUGACUUAUUAUAAUUAUAAAUAUAAUAAAUUUAUAACAGUCGAAUUUAAUCCAUGGGAGAAUAUUUAGACUUAAUUUCAUCCAAAUUUGUUUAGUAAAAGACAGAAUUUUCUGAUAUAGGAAAUAUUGUUAAGUUACAUCUUUGCAUUCUGCCCUAACGAGGAACGCAGCCAUUACAUAGUCAGAAAUAUGUAUUCAACUUAUGCCAUGGAAAGAAGGAUAAAUACGUAUACAUAUUAUUGACUGGUUACUUAAGGUACUGCGUUGUUUUCGAACGUAUUGACGAGUCCGUCGAAGAUGUUCGACGUUUCGAGCCGCAAGCGGCUCUGAGGGCCUACCGCGAUCACCGAAGUUCGCAAAUUGCGGGAUUUUUUCUCUACCACUCUAAUUACGCCUUUUUCUCUGUCACUCUAAUUACGCCUGAAUUGGAGUAAAGAAGAAAGAUGCCCGCAAUUUGCGAAAUUCGGUAUUCUCGGUAGGUCCUCUGUAGUUAGUGCCAUAGGGCCAGCGCAGACCUAUAGAGUAGAGGAGAAUGGGUAACUUUUAAAUUGAACCGUACUGGAACACGCACAAGUAUGAAAAUAUAACAAAACUAGAACCGGGGAUAUAUCAGCAUAUUGUGCAUCGCAGCGGUGUAAAGUUAGAAUUUGUUUUGCUUGAUUAAUUUGUUCGUUCUUUUUAGAAAGAGCUACCUCUUUAUUUUGAUUUUGACAAUAUUAAAAAUGAUAAAUUGUCUCAGUUCGCCUGCCUCUAGGUCUGCGCAGGGCCACAUUCAGGUGUCGGUGGUCCUCCGAACGCAAGUUGCUCGGCGCCGCGCCGCUCUACCCCAACAGACAACCCUCACUUUCGGACACCCUGUAUAUAGUAACAAAAUUAUGAUAAUUUUCGCAAUGAGAAGACUGAUGUUCGAGCAUGAAGCGGUUUAGAUUUAGGUUUCUUAUCCUUAUAUAAGUUUUAAUGAUCUAUAUUGAAAUUAAUUGUGUACGAUGAAUUUAUGGAUAAACGCAGGUUCUAAAUAUGAAAGCCAAAGCAUUCGCGGAUGGACGUAUUGGAAUAUUGUUGAUAGAUUAGAUAGCAUCACUGAAAUUGGACAAGUAGAUAUAAAAUUGUGGCAGCAUGCUGAUAUAUGUAAUGUUAUGAUUCCUGUUGUAAGGACGGUUGUUGUUUGAUGUUGUCUCGACGCCGCGGUGCGCUAGAUAGGCUUCUGUAUUAUAACUAAAGGAAUAAAUUAUGCAUUACGUUACCCAGACAAAAUGUUUGGAAAUUGAUGUUAAUACUUAAUUUAGUUUUCCUGUUCGCGAUUGAAUUAUGUUGGGAUUGUUUUGUAAAUUAGCUUAGGGUAGUGUGGAAAGAGAAUGUUGCCAAAUUAUUACUGAGCAGGAAAGAGAUGCUGAUAUUUUUCGAUACAUUCACGAUUUCCCUGAUAUUCACUCUUGACUUUCCUAUUGUAAUAGACUUAACAUAUAACAUAGCAAUUAAAAAGGCCAUUGUAUAAUUCAAACAUCGCCAGACUUCAAAAAUAAAACGUCGCUUUAAUAUAUCAAAAUGUACCUUAUGCAGUUGUUAUAAGAUGCUUCUUGAUAUAGAAAACCAAAUGUUUAUGCACAUUGAAUUAUUUCAGUGAUUUCAGUUAAACCUCCCAAAUACUUGUUUGGAGUAUACUGUCGCCUUCUGAUCGUUUUAGAUAAUACAUUUGCAGAAUACGGAGGAAAAACGGGAAUUUACAUUUCAAACAAUAAAACUUUAAGCGCCUCAAUAUAAGGUACAUUUUGUUAUGUGUAAAAUUAGUUUUUCCUCCGAAUUCGUCGUUUGAUAGUUAUAUUUUUGUGUAACAAUCUGGACUGUGAGUACGGUCAUGUGUCGAAUUGUAUUUUUGCGCGAGUUUUGUCGCUGUUGAGAUAUUGAACAUGUAGAUAGCUUAUAUCGGAUGUACCUUUAAUAUUUUACUCUUAAUAUAGUCUCAUUAUAUUCGUUUUCUAGAUAAAUUGAACUUGUAAAUAGAAUAGUAUUUGCUUAAUAAUUCAAUAAUGAUAAUAAUUACCUAUUCCAGUUAAGAAACAUAACAUCCAAAGUCCAAUAUUAGUAUUUUCGUCAAAAUUAAUUCCAAUUUAUUUAUCAGUGUACAGAUAAUUAUAAGUACUAUAAUGUUUAUCUUAAUUUUUUAAAAUAUAUAUCACGAUUUUUUA